ACCAGUUGUGUUAUUGUAGUGGUUAUGCUGGAUAUGUGUGCGCUUUUAUCACGAAAGUCGUCCGAGCUCUUCAAAUCAUGAACUUUAAAAAUCAGUGUAUUUCCUUUAGAUUCGUGCCUUUGUGAUCCCACCUAUGUUGUGUCUAAAUCUGCAAGUUUCGCCUGUUGUAAAACGUAGGACUUUUCCACAGGAUGACCACGAAUUUUGCUAGCAGCGACCUACCAAAACUCUCAACCCUGUCCGUCUACUAGGGUACAUGAAAAGGUUUAUGAACCUUGAAAAUGGGGAAUUGCCUGAAAGGAUCGUCAGCAGAAGACAUAUCACUUCUUAGAGGCAGUGAAAAUGGAGCUGAAACGUCUGACAGACUCGGACCACUUCCUCCUCCGUAUAGGGAAGCUCUUCCAAUCUUCUAUCCAUCCCCGAAUGUAAGCCGUCCUGUAAGUCAGCUGACUGAAGAAGAACAAGUCAAAAUAGCGAAAAGAAUGGGACUUAUCCAGCACUUACCUACAGGGUCUUAUGAUGGCUGCAAAAAGAACAGAGAGUGUGUAAUUUGUAUGAUGGAGUUCCUCAUUGGCGACAACGUUCGAUACCUGCCUUGCAUGCACAUUUAUCAUGUCAAGUGUGUGGAUGAUUGGUUGAUGCGGAGUUUCACGUGCCCAUCUUGUAUGGAGCCUGUAGACGCAGCUCUUCUAACUUGCUACGAUUCCAACAACUGAACCGGCACAAAGAUGAUCUAUGUUUAAACAUAUAUGGUAGAUUUUUCUAAAAGAGAAGAAAAAAAAUUAGUCAUCAGUGCAGUAAGUUCUCGAUUAUUUCACUCUUCCCUCUUUCGUUUUCUGGUGUAAAUAUUUCUGCAGGAAUCGACAGGAAAGCAAAUCAUCAGAGCCUGUUUGUAGAAUGAUUACUGCUGACCUUGAAUUGACCUUUUUGUUUCACACGGAAGCAGGAAAAAUAUAAUGCUAGAAAUACUACUUGAGGGUGAUUCGGGGAAUUUAUCCUAAGCUUUGCGAAGCCGCGUCAAUAGGCUCCUUGCUUUCUGAGUUUCUACUUUCACUCAUUUCAUCCAGCAUUUUAGGCCCUAAAAAUUGCAUUUGAUUCUUGGUACGCAAUACCUUACAUGAAGCUGAGCGUCAAAAUGCACUAUUAUUUCUGUGAAUGUGCAAAGUUAUGCCUAUUAGGGGGUUUAUGCUAGUACAGUAAAGAAGAGUAAUUUUUGCCCUCUACUGAGGUUUCUUCAGAAAUUGUUUUCACCCUAACAAAUUAGAGUGAAGGUAGAACAGUAUAUUUUACGUCCAAUCUUUUUAAAUGUACGUAAUAAUUACAAUAAUUACCCUCUAAUGAUUUCUACGGAAUUAAAAAAAUCAAUUAAAGUUUUAUCAGACUCACAAGCCUUUUUUCCUGGUUCCUCAAGAAAUAAGUUUUUUUUUGUACCACUUUGUACGUAUAUAACAUCUAAUUAACAUUUUUAACCACUUUGCAAUCAAACCUCAUUGGUUUUUUUUCUUUGUAGUCUGCACUCAUUUAAGCAUGAAAAGCAGCUCAAGGUCAGAUGUAUUCCUAUCUGAAAGUAGCUCUUCCCAUUUUGUAAUUGGUGCUGUCAAAAAAUUGUAAUAAGAGUUUCUUUUUUUUUAAUAUAAUUUUUUUUAGAUCUUUUCUCUCAUGAAAUCAGUUAAUGGUUAAGAUCUAAGUAUAUUGCGUGUCAUAUGGUAACCGAUUACUGUAGAGUCAACUCAGUUUUUAUUUUUGAUAACUCUGAAUCAAUUGUCACAUCAAGUCAUCUGUAAAUAUGAAAUCUAAAUUUUUAUACUUGAAUUUUUUUUUCUUUUUUUUAGGGAGUUGUGUAAAUUAGUUUUUUUUUAUAUCAAAAAACGGUUUAGUUUUGGAUGAUAAUUUCAGAAAAAUGUAGCGCGAAGGAAGGUGGUAAAAAUGUGCUAUUCUUUUUAUACUUAAAUUUUGUCCUCAUCUUAGUAGACAGUAGGCCCUGUACUGUCCUUUUUUGUUUUUUUUUGUUUUUUGUACGCUGCUCUUCAGUGGUGUGAUGAAUCGAUCUUUGAUCUACCAUUAAAAUCUAUGGAAAAAGAUCAAUUAUCAGGGUGUUCUGGGCAAAUUCUUAGUAAUUGAUUCUUUACCAUGACUUCAAAUGAGAAAAUGAAAAAAAAAAUUGAUGAUUCAUGCCUCACCACUGCUGCUCUUUAGAUGGAUUAGCAAUUGGACAGAGAAUAUUCAGAAUGGAUUCACAAGCUGCGAAACACUUAGUCAAAAUAAGUUAGUGAUAAUUAAACGAGUAUCUAUUGAGAUACUCGUAAAGUUGAGUAAGUUAAAGGACUCUCUCUUGAUGAACGCAUUCAUUCUUCCUCUCGAAUAUUGCCAUUAAUUUUCACGUGCUAUGUUUGCCGCGUCAUUUCUUGGUCUCAGCUGAUUUGAAAAUUGGGCUUUCCAAUUGCUAAACCGCUAAGAUAUUAAGAGCUAGUAUUAAGGAGGAUACAUUUACAAAUUUUUUAGCUCUGGACAUUUGAAACCUCUCCUCAUCAGGUUGCAAAUGAAACGGAAGCAAAAAUUUAUUCGGUGAAUUGUGAUGUUCUUUCUACAUGAAGUGUGAUAAGCUUUCUUUAACUCGUCUACCCUUACUCUAUAUUUUAGUUCCGCCGUGAAGCAGUCUCUAAAUUUGCAAUUAUUUUUCUACCCUUUUUCAUCUGAGUGCGCUCAAUGAUGUGUUGCUCUUCAAUGAAACUAGAUUUCAUGUAAAUGGAGAGAAUACUUGAGGCAACCCGUAAGCUUAGACAUUCGAGUGAGAUAUUUUUUACGUCAAUCAUAAAUCCUCAAAAAUUGGUUUUCUGCAUUGUUCCCAGAAUGUUUGUUCUUCACUACGAUUGAUUUCCCUUGCGCUCAUGUUAAGACAACAGAUUUAUCAGUCUUUUUUAUUGUAAAUAUUUGAGAUUAGUCGAGGAGACAUAACGACUGGGUUAAAGAAAAUGGUAAAAUUGCUAGAAUGGUCUUUUGAAGAGCAAACAGACAUGAAACAGUGCAGAACAUUUUUCACUAAAAUUCUCCAUUGAAACUUUUUUCUGCUAGGUUUACUUGUAGUAAAUCUGUGUAUGUUUGCAGUAAGUAAAAUAUACUUCCUCAUUUCCUCUUUAACAACUUUAGGCGACUCACCUUUGAAUAGUUCCAUUUUAUGUUUUAACAUAGAACGGAGAUUAAAUUGUAAUUAAUACAAGUUUUGAAAACAUGAUCCGCUCUUGAAACUUUUUAGCUUUAAAAUUUUCUCCGAAACACUUCGAGUUUCUAGAGCAAAACUGAAGGUGGCUACUUCUUCUGGCAUUUUCCUACUUAACCUUAGAUAAAAAAAAUAGAUUUGAUCUUUGUUCCUUGCGGGUGAAUAGUCCGAAACAAAAGGCAUCACUGGUAUGUAGCAAUAGAUUUAAUGCACCUCACUAAAACCUCCCUGUAGACUUGAAAAUCUUGUUCGGGAAUUGAAUGUGUAAUAUCCUUUGUUUCUAUAGAAUUAUGUCAAAUUAAUUGUGUUUGAAGUCAUAGUUGUGAACUUCCUCUGGAAUUCAUUCCAAGCGUAGCUCAUGAUUUAAUCUGUCAUCAUCACGAAAGACGCAGUUAGCUUGCUGAGAAUUCUCCUCAACUUUAUCUUGUAUUCAAGUCCUUUUUUUCUGCCUCAGUCGUGGCUUGCGGAGCACAGUUGUAAUUUGCAAAGUCUAUGCUCCGAAACUUUUCUUCUUUUCUAUUUGUCGAAGCCUUGCUUGAAGAUUAGUGCAGCUUUUAAGUAAAAUGAUACUUAACCAAUGUUUGCGGAAUCGACUAAUUCUUCCCAGAAUGUGGACGUAAUCAGCCGAUAUUAAUUUUAAGUUUCUGUGAUCAAUGAGUUCAUUUUGCCAUUUCCUAGUCCCAACACAAUGUCGGCAUAAGGUGGAAAGAGCAUCGAGCCCUUGUUAAAAGAAUCAAAAGAAAAAUUGAGGCACUGAAAGGAGAUUUACUCUUUUCCCGCUCAACACUCCUAUUGAGUGAAUUUCAAUAUCACUCUAUGACUGCAAACCAAAUCCUAAUUUAAACACGAGGAGCACGUAUCGUCGAUCAUGGAUCAAGUGCUUGACCUCUUUAAAAUGGAUGUUGCUAAGCAAACAGGAUCAAUCAACAGGAACUGUUGGACGUAUUUCUGUCAAACGGAACUGAGUGCAUCAUGACGUGAGUCCUGGUAUGCAUAUAUUCUUAAGGGUCUCAAGGCUCAUGUCUUAAUGCACAUAGUUCCGUUUGACAGAAAUAGGUCCAGUUAUGACUGUGUAUCUGCCACUAAGAGACGAGAUGCAGUCUUGCGCUCGUUACAAAAAGCUAGUGUAGAUAGUGUGGGUGUAAAAAGUGCCUGAUCUUGCCAUCUGCAGAUUUCAGCGAGUGUGCGGUAAAUCUUAGGUUGUGAGGCUAUUUUCAAGAAAGAUAUUUUUUAUUGCUACUCUUCUUACAGAAGCGUGGCAAAUCGCACAUUUUGACGUGAAAUCCGGCCUUUUCCCACAGAAUUUGACUUUUUUCCAAGAGGAGAAUUUGAAAUUUAGCCAUAAGGCAUAAGAUGGCAGUUCUUCAGGAACGGUGAAUUCUGGAACUCCCUGCACCCCUGUAGAUAGAUCUCGUUUCCCUAAUGACAACCAUACUGCUUUUAUUCCUGAAUGGAAAGAAAAACACAGUACUCCUAGAUGGAAAUACAUUUCAUCUCACCUCUCUCUCAAGCCAUCAACAUUUGCAAAAGUUUUUAAAAGUCUGAGAAUUUUUUCAAUCGCUCCUGUGUCAUCAACUUCAGGAUGGAUAUUGACCAUUACCAUCAUAAGAAAAUCAAUCCUCAUACUGUACUCCUUUGUAUCAUAUAAAUCAGAAAUUGUGUAUCGAAUCUUGAUUUAUUGUUUUAGGAAGCGCUGUCCUUAGAUUUGUCUUGGUUUCUUCCGUUAGAGCGAAAUGUAUAAUGUACUGUAGAUCAAGAGGUUUAACUCGUUUGUGUGAUUGAUGUAUUUUAUUUUUAAGAGUCGUUUAUUUAUUAUUGUUAUAUUUUCAUAAAUUAAAGUUGCAUUUACAAAAUCA